AUGAUCACCGGCUUAAUGAUGUUCCAGAACUUCUGGAAGAAGACCACACGCAGCCCGUCCGGGCCUGGAGCAGAGCCCACCUUCAUAGGGGAGAUGGCCCUGGUCACCUCCUCUUCCGAGAAUGGGAGGGUUAACUCCAUGUUCUCUACAUACGAAACUCUGUUGGUAGGUGACGAGAAGUCGUCGGCAACGCCGAGAAUAACUCAUUGUAAUAGGAGAGCCACUCUUGGCCCCCUCGGCAUUGCCAAAAGAGUUCCUGGCGUGGCCGUCGAGCAACACCAAGUAUUGUCUUGGUCAUUCAACUCCACCUUGGACCCGUCACCUCCACGGAAGAACUCCAAGUUUCCAUGGAAACUAUUAGUAGAAGCAACUGGACCAGUUGUUGUCUUUUUGGCGAUUGUGUGCAUCUUUGUUGGCGUCCGACUACGGCAGCUAUGCACGAGAAAGAAGCAUUACAGAGCUCUCGCCAGAGGCCUUGAACAUUUUGAUUAUCAUAAGCUGGCGCGUGCGACCAACAAAUUCUCACAGGAGAACAUGAUCGGGCAAGGAGGUUCCGCCUGUGUUUACCGGGGCCAACUGACAGAUAAACAUGUGGCGGUAAAGAGGUUCAGGCCAGUAGCAUCCAGCGAAGGGAGGAAGGCGUUCGAGGACGAACUCAGUAUUGCCAGUGGCCUGCGGCACCGACACCUAGUCCAGUUGAUAGGCUGGUGCUAUGAUCGCAAGAUGAACCCGGUCGAGUUCAUAUGCUGGUGGUGGGCCGACAGGUACACACGUCUCUUCCUUGUGUACGAGUUUCUGCCACAAGGUAGCCUCGAUCAACACCUACACAGGGGCAAUAGUUGGUUGCCAUGGUCCAAGAGGUACGAAAUCAUCCUCGACCUAGGCUCUGCACUGCAAUACCUCCACGUAGAUUGCGAGCAAGGCCAACAAUCUAUCGUACACGGUGAUAUCAAGUCCAGCAACGUGUUGCUUGGGUCUUCAUACGGUGCCAAGUUAGGUGACUUUGGAUUGGCAAGGUUUGUUCGCCAUGAAACCGGGUCACAGACCACAGAUGUUUUACAGGGCACUUAUGGAUACAUAGACCCUGUGUUCCUCGACACGAGCCAGCGGAACAGGCAAACAGACAUAUACAGUUUCGGCAUUGUCCUGCUAGAGAUGGUCUCUGGAAGGGAUCCAACAAUGCAUCUCCAUGACAGGCCUCCAUUGUCGUCAUGGGUAAGGAGUUUGUACCAUCGGAAUGCCAUCCUGGAUGCCGCAGAUGAGAGGCUGAUAAGCGGGGAGUCCAAUGUCGUGCGUCAACAGAUGGAGCACACGUUGCUCAUCGGGCUCUUGUGCGUGCAUCAGGACCCAAGCAUCCGACCGUCCAUCACCCACACCAUGGAAGCCCUGCGUUCGGAGGAGCUGACAUUGGACAUUGCUCCCCUAGCGCCGGAUACACUCUUUCUGCGAUAG